AUGUUGAAUUGUUUAAAUACAAUCUUAGGAUUUUUAUUCUUAGUUUUGCAGUUGAUUAACCCUUCAACAGCAAAAAACUUUAAUAAUGACCUGAAUAUUUUAGAUCACAACAUUGUAUUGGUAAACACAAAUGCAACCGUUCCUAAAAAGGAAAAAACUAACUUUGAAACGAUUAACCCAACAAAGGAUACAAAAAUAGAUGAUGCUUGUAAGAAGAGCUUCUAUUAUAUCGAAAAUGCUGCCAAUCUAAUUGACUUGCAAGCUAAAUGUUGGAAGGUCAUGGGAAACAUCGAGAUUUCAAGCAACUUUAGUGGUUCAAUGGUUGAUUUAGGUCUAAUAAAAGAGAUCGAAGGUGAUCUGAUCGUUAAGAAUAAUAAACAUGUUUUUAGGAUUCAAGGUUACAACUUAGAAUCUUUAAGAAAACUAGAGCUAGAAAGUUUAACCGCUUUUGUGUCCUUGGACCUACCCGUUUUGAAAGAAGUCAGUACUAUUGACUGGAAAGUUUUGCCAAUUUUAAGUAGUGUUGUCAUCAACGGAAAUAUCAAAAAGGUAAAAAGCAUAGUAAUAUCUGACACAGCACUGACGUCUAUUGAUUACUUCAAUAAUGUCAACGAAGUAGAUAUUUUCAAUAUUAACAACAACAGGUUCUUAGAAUCUUUGUUUACCAAACUAGAAAGUGUUACUAAACAACUAACUGUUCACUCUAAUGCUAGAGAGCUGGAACUUGAUUUGAGUAGUUUACACACAGUUGAAAACAUGACAGUUAAAGACGUCUCAAAGAUUAAUGUCGCUAAGCUUGCAUCAGUCAACAGUUCCCUGGAGUUCAUCGAGAAUCAAUUUUCAAGCUUGGAACUCCCAUUUUUGACCAAGGUUCAAGGAACUUUGGGUCUAAUAGAUAAUAAAAACUUGAAAAAGGUAAACUUCUCAAAUGUCACCGACAUUCAAGGGGGGCUGAUGAUUGCCAAUAACACCGAGUUGAUUAAAAUUGAUUUCUUCCCCAAGCUUAGACAGAUUGGUGGCGCUAUCUAUUUUGAAGGUAGCUUUCAAAAAAUAGAUUUCCCAGAAUUAAAGUUGGUGAAAGGCAGCGCCUACAUUAAGAGUUCAUCUGAUGAAUUAAAUUGUGAAGAAUUUACUACUCCAAAACAUGGCCGUUCAAUCAUAAGAGGUGGUAAAAUUGAAUGCACUUCUGGUAUGAAAAGAAAAAUGUUAAGCGUUGACGAAGAUGGGAACGUGUUAGGCAAACAGGAAUCGAGCAGUGAACCAGGAAAAAAGGAAAAGGGAAAAAACAACACUAGGAGCCAAGGCGGUUCAAAAAAGAUGGAGAAUAGUGCUCCAAAAGAUAUCUUUGUUGAUAUAUUCAAGACCUCGGUUUACACUGUAUUAACAAUAUUAUUUGCAAUUGUUUUCUGA